AUGGCAGAGAGCAAAAGCGAUAACUCUGUCGUGCAAAAGUUGCAGGAGGCCAAAGAAGCUCAGGAGGCAAAGGAGGCGCCGGAAGCGCAGGAGCCCCAGGAAACCCAGGAGGCCAUGGAGGCCAUGGAGGCCACGGAGGUGCCGGGGGCCCAGGAAGCCCAGGAGGCGCAGGAGGUGCAGGAGAUGCCGGGGGCCCAGGACUCGCUGGGAGCGCAGGAGGCACCGGGGGCGAUGGAGGCGACGGGGGCGCAGGAGGCAUCGGGGCUCCAGGAGGCCGAGGAGGCGCAGGAGGCGCCGGAGCGCCAGGAAGCGACGGAGGCCCAGGAGGUGACGGAGGUUCAGGAGGCGAUGGAGGCCAAGGAGGCGCCGGAAGCACGGGAGGUGCCCCUGGCCCAGGAGGCGCCGGCGGUCCCGGAAACCCCCCCGGACGCCCAGGACAAUCCGGACGCCCAGGAGGCCCUGGGAGGAGAUGAAACAUUUAGCUGCGACACCAAAUGUGCAUAACAAUCAAGUAAAUACGAAUCUUCUGGCUUGCCCAGUCGGAACUUUUCCGAAGACCUUCAGCAGUUAACUUGAACCUCUGCAAUAAAGUUUUUUUU